GUAGUUUAUUUACAACAAAAUUAUUAUGGUCAGUUGUUUUAGUAACACAAAUAAAUUUGCUGCGGUACCGUUCUCUCCGGCUGAUGGCUGCCCUGGGGGUCUUGCGCUGCACGAAAAGAUGUGCCAAACUCAAUGGAUUUUGUGGCGGCCCGGCGAUGGUGUCGUCGGCGCGCAACGCGGUGGCCUGCGAGCCUUCGUCGCACAUUCCCGGAGGUACGGCCUGGGUGCGGACAUUCUUUCGUCUCGUGAAACCCUCGGGCGGCGGCAACACGCUGCACUAUUCGGAGAGGAAGCUGCUCGGGUACUCGGCCGAGCAGAUGUUUGAGGUGGUGUCACGGGUGGAGUUCUACCGGGACUUUGUACCCUGGUGCACACAGUCGCGUGUGACAAGCCGGUCUCCCCACGCCCUGACUGCAUACAUGAAGGUCGGCUUCCCACCCAUUGUCGAGAGCUACACCUCUCAUGUCACGCUCGUGAGGCCCACCCUCGUCAAGUCGGUGUGCUCAGAUGGUCGCCUCUUCAACCACCUAGAGACCAUCUGGAGGUUCGAGCCAGGCCUCGAGGACAACCCAAAGACUUGCACGCUAGACUUCAAGGUGUCCUUCGAGUUCCGCUCGCGGCUGCACUCGCACCUGGCGCACAUGUUCUUGGACGAAGUGGUGCGCCAGAUGACACGUGCCUUCCUCAACCGAGCGGCCACCCUGUACGGCAAACAGUCGAUCCCGACGAGAGGCAGCAAGGUGCUGCCCUCCGGUGCUCCCUGACGCCGGCCCCCCAAGUAGCUCUGCAGUACAGGGGGUUUCGUCUCUGCGUGGAUGGACUGAUUUUAGUCUUUCUUUAGUUCCUCUCGCAGCCACGCUUCUUCCUCUCACGCAUGCACCCCAGUUACUCAAGGUUCCUCCUGGAACCAACUCGCUUCUGGACUGCACAGUUCAUCCACCAGGGGGAGAAGCAACUUGGGGGCAGUGAUUGGGUGGAGUGGCAGCGAGAGUGUUACAAGGCUUCAUUGUUGAUGGCCCAAAGCAAGCUACUGUCAAACCAAUAAGUUCCCCGGCAGCCAUCAGCUGGAGGACUGGAGAACCAUAAGGACACCAUUGAUUGACACGAUGCCUCACAAUAGAGGCCAGAUGCCGUGUCCUCCCAGCCCUGGCCGCUUCAGAUUUACUGUGGCAGUAAUUUCACAGCCAUGAGCAAAGUCUGUACCAUAGUUGGGAAAGAAGCAGCCGUGUAAAACGUGUUCAGUAAAUUGAAGUUGACACAUUUGUUGGGCUUGUCGAGCUAUUGAAGUACACACAUUCAUGGUUGUUUAGUGAAAGUUUUACGGGCUUUAUUGGGUGUGGUUAAUGCUCCAUUCAGCUUGCUGGUUUUUGCUCAUUUCAGAUUUGCUGGAGGCACAAAGCAAAACUCAUUUGAGGUUGUGCUGUUGAAAUAAGUAGCUUAGCAGAAACGUGCAUUUUUUCAUGAGCAGGGUAAUGGGUUGGGAAGAGGGUUUAAUGUGAGAAACAGUGUUAAAAUUAGCAUGUGCACAACACUCCUCAGCUGAUUGUUUUUUAGAUGUUGUUUAUGGACAGUCUUGUUGUUGGGUGCAAACUUACAUGGAGCAUUCAACACCCUUGUUUAUUUAACUGUCUUUUUUUUCUUUGAAAGAGCUGUCGAAAAUAAAAUAGUUUUGUUUUUGAAACUUUAUUCUUAAUUCAUUAUAAUGGAAGACACACUUGUCUUGAGCAGUAGGCACAUGUGGUCUCUAUACACCGGUUGAGCUAGUGGGAUUGAGCCAUUGGGCCACAAUGAAAUGUGAAUGUGGGAAACCAAGCUGGAAAAUAAAUUCACCUUUCCACAUUCAAUAGUGCAUG